AAGAUGUCACAUGACCACGUGACGUCAGUAGGUCUGUUUCGCGGAUGGAUUGCACCGAGUUGUACGUCCCUGGCGGGAAUCCCGUCUCCGCUGUGACGUGUCGCGGUCUGGGAGAGGAGCGCACAGGAGACCUUCAUGGCGGCGGGCUCCCCUCCCUGUGACAGGGCCGGCCGCCUCUUCUUACAGGCCUUGGGCAGCGGCCCUCACGGGGUCCUGGCCGCUUACAGGGUCGUCCACAUGUUCUCCGCGCAGUUUCCCUGGGACAGAAUGCUGGAGGAUCUCUGCAUGGCGGCGCCCGCUCCGGACGGACCCACCACCAGGCUGGUCUUAAAGCCCAGGCUCUUCCAGCUGCCGAUACAACUACAGAGGAAUUUCUUCAGCCUCCUGCCGUCAGUGUCUCACCUGUUACCGGCGCCAUGUCUUCAGCUGCUGGCAGAGACGGUCCGGGCAGAGCCUCACCCCUCAGACGAGUGGCUGCUGCGCCUCACCCGCCAGCUCUCCAGUCACCCGGAGACCUGCGUCCAGAGAGCUCCAGCUACGGACAGACUGCAGCCUCUCCUCCGGGGAGUGCGUCAGACAGCAGCCCAGCAGUCUACAUUGGGCCCCUAUAGACCUCCCUGGGACUCGCCCCCGACCGCCUGCAGAGGGCAGUGUGAGAGCGGAGCACCACCAGAAGCUGCCAUUGGACCCACUGUCAGUAUCUCCCCCCAGUCACAUCACUCAGAGGACGAACUAGAGGCAGUAGCGCCCCCCCCAGAGAUGGAGGCAGUAGCGCCCCCCCCAGAGACGGAGGACGCCCCUGCAUCCAUCAGCAGCAUCAUCGCACACCUGAAGCAGUCCAUGCACCUGGAGACUGACCCUGAGACAUUGGACCAGGAAUAUGUGUCGCAGCUGAGACAUCUCUGUGAGGUGUGUAAUCCUCUGCAGCUCCGGACUGUGCUUUCCUCUGUCGGUGUCGCACAAAUGUCCCCAAAGAGCCUGUAUCAUCUCUGCAGCCACCUGGACCUCAUUUCCCCAGCUCUUAGUUACGGCCAUGCAGAAGCCUUGGCCGAUCUCCUAUUCCUCGGGCAGGUCCUUCUGCUCUCUGCCCCAGCCUCCCGCACCCUCACCGCAGCCCUGACUGUGUUCUGCAGGAAGUACGCCCGGCCAGCCUGCCACGUUCUCAUCGGGUCACUGCUGGCCACGGCGGGGACCGGGUCUGUACAUGCAGACUUCCUUUGCCGAAUGGUCUCAGAAUGCCUGGAGUCCCAUGAACUACAUCUGUGCUUUGAACCGAUCUUUAGGUCGCCCUGCUCCGAAGCGUCUGUCAGGGUCCUGCACAUGCUGGUGGAGAAAAAGGAGACAUUGAACCAAUCUGAGUUUGAUUUCCUGCUCGGCCACCUCGGUCAUGCUGCAGAGGACUUCUCCAAGUCUAUGACAUUUUCCAAGUUUUUACUGGUUCUAUUGACGAGUAAGAAGAACUUGGUGCAGCUUUCCCAUAUUGAGCUCAUGACUAAUGUAAUCAACUCCAACCAAACGUUUAUGAAGAAGUCCUUGCAGAACGCUCUGCACCGAGUACAAGAAAGCUUGAAGUGAGACGUGUUCUUACACCCUUUCCUGUAUCGGAGGCAGGAUAUCCUUUCAUUUCCCGAGGGUGGGAAAUAUGGGCAGCGGUCACAAAAUCUAUGCCACUGAGGUCCACACACCUAAAGUUAAAGGGCUUCUGUCACCCCCUGAAAGUCAUAUUUUUUAUUUUUAGG